AUGGGCUUUUUUGAAAAGUUACGGCGCAGCUCCAGACGCAGUGCGGGGGUUGCGACCGAGCCUCCAUCGCCCCGCGUCAACGUGCCCGGCCGAGAUUGCACCAAACGUCUGCCGAGGCCGGUGUUGGCCCGCAUUUUUUCCUACGUUUGUCCUCACACCGUCGACAACUCAUAUGGCACCUCCGAGGAGUCCGCAAGCGAUGGGUGCAUGCUGUGCGAUAUGCGCGACCUGGCGCACUGCGCGCUUGUCUGCAAACGAUGGUUCUUAGAUGCGCGCGCCUUACUCUAUACAAACGUCCGCAUCGACCCUGUCCACUACUGCGAAUUGGAAAUCGAAUUAGCCGCCAAGCGAAAGCGCCGCUCUUUCUUCGACCGCAAUGGCGACCCGAUCGAUGCCCCUCAGGUCCGAUUGGAGCUUUUCAUGCGCGUCGUGCGAGAGUCCCAGGGCCUAGCGAAUAUGGUCCUCUCCCUCAGAAUGCCCUACAUGACCCGUGAGGCCAACAAAGCCAACAUCGCCCGCACUAUCUCCGUCCUUCCUAAUCUCCGCUUUGUUGAUCUCCCGGUGGGUCUGUACAGUGACGAGGCAUCGUGUCUCGCCUUGAAACAGGAGUUAAUGGCCCGGUGUCCCGAGUUGCGUCGGAUGAGCUAUCGCCGUGGAGCCGAGGGCAGCUUCUCGCGCCUGCCGGGUUCCCAGCUGUGGAUGAAUUUGGAGGUACUGGAGCUGUCGGGGACUGUGAUGGAGCCCAAUACGCUACGCGCAGGACUGGCAGCAUUCCCUCAUCUGCGUGAGCUCACGCUGGAGGACAUGGACUGGCUUGACGACUCCGCUUUCGCGGUCAAUGUGCCUCUGCCCCGGUUUCCCGCUGUCGAGUCACUGACCCUGCGCGAUACCCCGAAUGUCACGGCGAGCGGGCUUGCCGCGAUCCUUUCCGUGCCGGAAACCAAAGCCGCCUUGCAAUCGCUUACGCUGUCGGCAACCGGCGUCAUCCCUUCGCUACUUCAUCACAUCCUCUCUGCAGCCCCGCGGCUACAGAAUCUCUCCAUAAUACAAGAGGUCUCACGCUCAUUCCCUAUGGAGCAAAUCCCACCCAUGGCCUCCAAGUCCCUGACGCUCUUGCACUACGAAUUGACCUCCGAAACUCAGAACCACGGCAUGCCCCCAGUGGCAGCUUCUUAUUAUAAAUAUCUCAUCUCGUCCCUGAUGGGCCGAGCCCUCCCAGCUCUGCGAGACUUGUAUGUCCGGGACGCCCAGUUCCCCGAUACACUCCUGCUGAUGCCCCCGCCACGCCUCUUCGGCGGCGGCGAAAGCGGCCCUCGGACAACGGGCGGCCUCUCCCAGCCAUUGAACGUGUAUAGCAAGGGUCUGGAUGAACUGGAGUGGAACUUCACUCCCUACGACCCUAGUCCGGUGUCUGGACGCCGGGAUUCACGAACCCGCCCCGUGAGUUUCCACGAGGCCCAGCUCAGCAGGUCCUGGGGUGGUGAUGCGCGCAAGAGUGUGCUCGUCGGGAAUGGGUUUGGCGGGUUCCUGGCCGUUCCUGCGGAGGACGAGCGGCCUCAGAGUAGUCACCAUGACAAGCGAUUGAGCAAACAGGAUUUGUGGCGAUGA